CUGACGCAUGUCCAGGAAGUUUUGAGGUUUGUUUGGGGGUGAAAACAGCAAAGUCUGGGAUAUUCUUAAUAUUUUCUUCGAAAUUUACAGAAUACAUUUUUGGAAGCAAGCAAACAUUUAACUGUUUUGAAGUUUGCAUAACAUUGUUGAACCCCUGACUGAUCCAACAUGGAUUCCUCUCCAGUACUGCGUCAGCAAUGUCAGAAUACACUCCUGAACGACCAUUCAAGUCUCAACAGAAUAACAGCAGACCCAAAGCCAGGCUCCAAACACCCCUCUGUACCCCAUGGCCAUCCUUCCAAACCGGGGCCUGAGAACAAGGACCCAGCAGCAGCCUCAGACAACGGUCCUAAACUCAUGAUAAGAUCGCUGGGCAUCAGCAGACUCCCAGUGCUGGCCAAGUCCCUGCCCCUUAAGACUCCCUCUGACUUCACACGGUCACACAAGAGAUGGGAGGACAACGCUUUAGCGGGUAAAGCCAAGCGGAUGAAACCAAGCACCAAGCCUGUGCCUUUCAACUUCUCUAAUCUCAAAGCCAACCGAAUGGGGGCACAGAACCAGAGGGGACCGCUGACUGCUACUGCAAGGGCUGGUGCUCAACCAACCCAACCUAAAAGUACUUUUAGCACUGCUGCCCAUCUAAAAACAAGACUCCCAACAACCACUGCCCAACUGCCCAGUAGCAUCCCAGCAACUCAUAACAAGGCCCAAUCAAAGUCAACAAUAGAGCUUGCUGCUCAACUCCCAACAAUUGCACUACACUUGGCAGCUAGAAAAGCAGGCUCAGGGCCUGGGGGCAUCUUGUCACAGCAAAAUAGAGAGUCGGGGAAGCCUCAUCAGACCCAGGCUCCCAGUGCUGCCACCUCCAUGUCUUUGUCUCAACAUCCAAAACAGUCUUCUUCAGAUAAUCUAUUGCACGUACCUGGAUUGGGACAACUUUCCAGACCUCCCAGUUCAUUUGCUCUCGGCUCAGGUCUUUCGUCCAGUGCUUUCUCAUUUAGUAGUGCCUCCACUGCCUCAGCCCAGCCCACUGCCCUCAGUACGGAAGCCUGUGGUGGCCAUUUUGACAUGCUCAGCCUGAAAGAUCCUUCCAUGCCUGGGCAGUUACCAAGUAGUAGCACUGGGAGUGUGGAGGCCGCCUUCCACUCUGACCCUUCUGCCCUAUGUAGUAUCCUCCAGAAUGAGGGAAUCUGUGCAGCCAGGGUUUUUAUGUCCAGCCGUCCCUCUACACAAGCCUAUAACAACAUGCCCCAGAGAGUGUCCAUCAUGAAGAAUGGUCUGAGGACAGUGCCCUCUGCUGGUCCUGUCAGGAAUGUAAAGUUGUCUCCGGCCCUAGGCAACAUCCUGCAAACUGAAGGGGUCAGCUCCCCUCUGGAGUUGGAGAGGGUAUCUGUCAUGAAGAGUCACCAGACGACAGCAGCUUCUGCAGGUCCCGUAAGGUCUGUUCGGUUCUCCCCUGAGCCUUCAUCCCUCAACAGCAUCCUGCAGGAUGAAGGGGUCAGCUACUCUCUCCAGCCCCAAAGAGUGUCUGUCAUGAAGAGUCACAAGAAGUCAGCAGCCACUGCAGGUUCAGUACGGCGUGUUCAGUUCUUCCCAGAUGCUGCAGCCCUCGGCAGCAUCCUGCAGAAUGAAGAAGUGACGGCUGGGAGACCCCUGGAAGCCACACCCCAGCGCACCUCUGUCUGUCCAUCUGGCAGGGGCACCUCCAUCUACACUGCACAGCGAGUACCCAUCACAAAGUGGCACACUGAAGCUCCUGGAGAUCCUAUGGUGACAUCAGUCAGCCUGACACUAGCCUAAGUGGACACCCCAGCGGGUCCCUGACACAAGGCAUCAGCCCAUGUCCAUGAGGAGGCUCCUGUCUGCCCAUUGGACCCCCUACGCAGGCUCUCCCAGACUCUGGGGCCUCCAGGGCCACAGUGGAGAUCUGGAGACAUGCAAGGAG